GAUAGAAAGGAGGGGGGUCAGUGAGAGAAAGGAGGAAGGAGGAUGUUGCUUUUCGUGAUGCUAGGUUAGGCCAGGAUGCAUCAGCUACAGUGAUAUGGUGGGUGACUUUGCUACAUAGCUCUGCUACAUUGUUCCGCCGUUCCGUUAUAGGGAACAGAAGAUGUUCCAGGCACAGACAGCAGUUUGAUGUGAGAGGAGCAACAAAAAGAGAGGAGUAGCGGCAUUGGUGGAGGAGGAGGAAAGAAGAGGACUAUGAGAUCUGGGUAUCCACAUCCUAUACGUUCAAAAUGAUGAAGACGGAGGGUAAGAACUCGGGUGGGGGUCCCAGGAGUUCCUCCCCUCAUAGGAAUGCUUAUGAAGUUGGGGUGCAGACAUUGUGCUCUGGCAAAGAUGGGUUACCAGAGUCAGAAUCUGAGGAUAACCAUAAAUCGCGGUGCAAAUACGGGUCCAAUGUUCACCGAAUCAAGAACAUGUUUCUACAAAUGGGGACAACCCCAAUGGGUGCAGAGGUGGACAGUGGAAAGACAAGGGAAAAGCCGUCAAAACUGACAUUGCCGCGGGCCAGCAGCCUAAAUGAGAAUGUCAACCACAGCGCCCUUUUGAAGCUGGGUACCAGCGUUUCAGAGAGAGUAAGCCACUUUGAUGCCUCUGUGGACAGGCCACCUUCCAAACUGCAGGAGGCACGUCGUGUCUUCGAGAGGAAUCUUCAAGAGAAGGAGACCACCAAUCGUAUCUUCUUGCGCAAGGAACGAGGAGGCUUCCAAGACCGAAAACUGGAUGUAGUAGUAAGGUUUGGAGGGAGCACAGAGUCUCUUGAUAGGUUGGACACAGAUGCCGUGUCGCCAACAGUUAGCCAGUUGAGUGCUGUUUUUGAGAACGCAGACCUCCGCAACAACCUUCACAAAAUUCCUAUUAAGGGUCCAAACAGCCGGCGUACCAGACUCUUCCAGCCUGAGGUAACCAAGGAAGUUGACACUGACAAGAAAACCGUGGUAAAGGUGGCUGAUGGGCCUCAAAGGCCAGGCUCGGUUCAGGAAAUCUGUAAAAUCAAGCCAGUGGAGGUGGAAGAAAGUGGGGAGUCAGAAACAGAUGCUUUAAAGGAAACUGUGGUAACAAAAGAGGAGAAACCUAUCAAAACCGGGACUGAAAAUGGGGGUUCAGAGGUCAAGGGGGUGACAGCACGGGAGGGUGACUUGGAGGAAGAUGUUGAAGGAGAAACUGUUGAAGAAGACUAUAAAAGGGAAGACUGGUCUGAGGUUGAAGUUAUAGAGCUCAGCGCCUACAGUGGACUUGGGGAGGAUUCUGGGGGCAGUGGUUUGGAGGAAGAUGAGGAUGGGUUUUAUGAAGCGAUAACAAGCUGCCAGGAGAUUGAGGGUCUGUCUGAAGAAGAGGAGCCAGCACCAACAAGGAAAAUACGCUUCAGUACAGCCCCUAUAAAGGUGUAUAGCACCUAUUCCAAUGAGGAGUACGACAGGCGUAACGAGGAUGUGGACCCAAUGGCGGCCUCAGCUGAGUAUGAGCUGGAGAAGCGGGUGGAAAGGCUGGACCUGUUCCCCGUGGAGUUAGAGAAAGACUCUGAGGGACUGGGAAUCAGUAUUAUUGGGAUGGGAGCCGGAGCUGACAUGGGACUGGAGAAGUUGGGAAUAUUUGUCAAGACGGUGACAGAGGGUGGAGCUGCCCACAGAGAUGGAAGGAUCCAAGUAAAUGAUCUUUUAGUGGAAGUCGAUGGGACAAGUUUAGUGGGUGUCACCCAAUCUUUUGCCGCGUCUGUCUUGAGGAACACAAAGGGACAUGUAAGGUUUUUAAUUGGUCGGGAAAAGCCUGGAGAACAGAGUGAGGUGGCCCAGCUGAUUCAACAGACUUUGGAACAAGAAAGGUGGCAGAGGGAGAAUAUGGAGCAGCGAUAUAAUCAGUGCAAUGAGGAUGAUGAAGAGACAGGGGAGUAUGCAACAGAUGAAGAAGAUGAAGAGAUGAGCCCUAUGUUCCCAGGUGGGGAACUGGCUAUUGAAGUGUUUGAACUUCCUGAAGGAGAAGAUGCCCUGUCCCCAGUGGAGAUGGACCCUGAGAAGCUAGUGCACAAAUUUAAAGAGUUGCAGAUCAAACACGCAGUGACUGAGGCUGAAAUUAAACAACUUAAAAGAAAGCUGGCAGGUCUUGAACAGGAACGUUCUCGUUGGAGGAUGGAGAAGGCUCAGUUGCAGCAAAGUGUUCAGGAGAAUAGGGAACGUGUGGAGAAACUACAGGGGUAUUGGAUGGAGGCUCAGAAUUUGUGCCAAGCAGUGGAUGAGCAUUUAAAGGAGACGCAAGCUCAGCACCAGGGACUGGAACGCAAGUAUGGCAAAGCAAAAAGACUCAUCAAGGACUAUCAGCAAAAGGAGCUGGACUUCCUGAAGAAAGAAGAAAUGCAGAAACAGACACUGGAGGAGGUUGAAACUGCACAUGCUACAGAGAUUCAGAGGCUACAAGAGAAGGUCUCUGAAUUAGAGAAGAAGCUUUUGACUCUCCAGUCAAACACCACCGCCUAGAUUCCGUAUUAUGAGGGCUAAGGCAAUUUUGUUGGUGGAGCUCACUGCUUGUUCCACCUGCAGGAUCUCAACUCCUUCUCCCCCACAACCCCCCCCCCCCUCCCAGUGAUAGAACUAAGGACAAUCUCUGCCUUCCAUUGCUCAUUUACUUUCCCUGUUAUUAAAGUGAGGGGGGAGCUCCUCUGUGACCUGGACUCAUGGUUCUUCAGGAUCUUCUUACUGGACAAACAAGGAGUCCCAGUGGGCUGCACAGUUCAUUUGAUAGCGCCACUUUGGCCUGUAUCUUCUUGAGGCCACAGGAAUGUUUUACACAGUUGUUUUGUGGUCCUUGUCAAUUGACAGCUUUGUGGCCUAUAUUCUAUGGUGGCCUUGCAAUGACUUUGGGACCCUCAUAUUGCUUGGAUAUUUUAGGCCCUCUAAUGGCCUAAGGAAUGAACCAUGGCCCUUCACCUGGGACUUUGCGUGUCUCUGUGCUGUGUCUGUGCUGGUGGUCUGUGUCUCUUACUUGCCUUAGCAUCACAUGCAAGGUUUGUUUGGCACUUACCCUUACUUCCCUCUCUCUCUCUAUCUCUAUACUGUAGCGCCUCCCUUUCCUUUCCUUGCACUCACAGAGUGAGUGUGCCGAGCAUUGCCCGAAUGACAGGUUGUGUGUAAGGCUGUGCGUGCGUAACUUAAAAAAUGUGUGCGUGUGUAAAAAUGUAGUUAGCUGUGGAUGUACUGUAAUGUGUGUUAAAAUGAAUAUAGGAUAUGCCAACACACAUGCAGACUGAUAGGUACACAUCUAAUACAUAUGAAUACACACUCACACAUACCUAACAGACCACCACAAUAGUAAGUUCCUUAAAAGCUACUCAAGUUAUACAUACUGGUCCUGGGACUUGUGACCAGCUCAGUUAACCUCCAGGGCAUGUAAACUCAUCAAAGUGUUGCUUAUAUGCUGUGUAUGUUGUGUGUGUAUCUGUAAAUAGAUACACACAGAUACACAAACCUGCUUUGGGGCAACACAGAUACGUUGAUGACAGCUGUAUAUAGUUCUGUAUAAAUGUGAGUCAGUAUCUGCCUCUGACAUUGCCACCUGCACCAAAAGUAAGCCAACCACAAAGCCGGGGCAGAUGUUCUGAAUUGAAUGCAUCAUGGCAUUGCCAGGAUAUUGCUGGUAUCCAUCUUAACUGCUGAUUAGCAUUAUUUUAAAGGAAAACCUACACCAAAAAAAAGACAACAGUUCAGACCAAUUUUUACAAAACAAAACCUUGGAACUGGGUCAUGAAAUCUGGAAAAAGCCCUUAAUUUGAUCAGUUUUAUGACAAGGCAUCUAAAGCACCCAGUUAAAAAGGAAAGUUUUUUCAGUCUUCAUUUAAAUGGGCAAUUCUCCUUUGAAUUAAAGUUUAGCAUGAUUUUUUUGUUUUGCAAUUUGUCCUUUACAUUAAGAAUUUAACCUGUUAUCUGCUUGCUAGGGUUAAAUGUACCCUAGCACCUACCAUAACCCUUGUAUUGUGUUAAAAUUCAAAUGCAAAAAUAAAGAAAGGAGGUGUGAGUUUUGGGGUGGCAUGACAUGCUAUGGGAUGGGUCUGACUAAAUAAAUUGCAUUUUUCAUACAACUCUUCUAGGUUUUCACAUAGUAUGUAUGGAGAGAAACCAUACAUCUAGGCUAGCAUAGGUCUUCCCUGGUACUAAGCACCCUUUUUGAUGUAAUAAAAGGGUACAGGGUGCCUUGAAGACCAGAUUUUAGUCAUCCAGUUCCAAAGUUUAUGUACAUUGACUUAGAUGCCAUUUUCAUUAUUUUUUGCCAUUUAUGAAAAUUGGUGGGUGGGGUGUUUAUGUAGAAAAUCAGAUAGGAGGUCCAUUAGUACAUUUUGGGCAAAGAAUGGAUAGGGGGUGCGAGGGUGUGCUGCUAGUGAUGUGAAUGGUUAUAGGAAGGGGGCUGAAUGACAUUGUGCCAAAUUACUAUCUGUCUAUUUAUUGGUCUGUUACAGAAAAAAAAAACUUAAUAUUGAAAGGUUGUAUAAAUGUGAAGCUUUAUGAGUCCAUUUUUGGGAACAAGGAUCAAAGUGUUUGGGGAUUUGGGGGUCAUGAGAAAAAUUGAAAUUUGGCAUUAAACCAACUCUAAUUAUU